AUGUCCGACUCCGGGGACGUUCAGGCCGUUCAGCUGCCUAAGGAGAUUGCUCACCUCGACAACCAGCCCGUUCUCCUCUUCGGCAAGUGGAGCUACGAGGAUGUCGAGAUCCGCGACAUCUCCCUGACCGACUACAUCCAGAUCCGCCAGCCGGUCUACACCUCUCACUCCGCCGGUCGCUAUGCCGCCAAGCGUUUCCGCAAGGCCCAGUGCCCCAUCAUCGAGCGCCUGACCAACUCGAUCAUGAUGAACGGCCGCAACAACGGAAAGAAGGCCAUGGCUGUCCGCAUUGUCGCCCACGCUUUCGAGAUCAUCAACAUCACCACCGACUCCAACCCCAUCCAGAUCGCUGUUGAUGCCAUCGUCAACUGCGGUGCCCGUGAGGACUCCACCCGUAUUGGUUCCGCCGGUACCGUCCGUCGCCAGGCCGUCGAUGUUUCUCCCCUGCGCCGUGUCAACACCGCCAUUGCUCUGAUCACCAUUGGCGCCCGCGAGAGCUCUUUCCGCUCCGUCAAGUCCAUCUCUGAGUGCCUGGCUGAGGAGCUUGUCAACGCCGCCAAGGGCAGCAGCAACUCCUACGCCAUCAAGAAGAAGGACGAGCUGGAGCGUGUUGCCAAGUCUAACCGGUAA